AUGUCCAAAGAAGAUCCUCCUCCUAUGAAGAGUCCUCCCACCUUUCAAAUUAAGGUUGCCCUCAUCGGCAAUGUCUCGGCCGGUAAGACUACUGUUGUUAAUGCGCUCUUUCGCGACAAGUUUGGGGAAGUCUCCAUGAAACGGACCACUGCAGGCAUUAAUGAGUUUGCCAUUUCCAGCCGCAACGAAUGGGCAUUGGUAUCCGAUGCGCCUCGGGACUCUCAUUCGGUCUUGAAGGAAAUCACCCAAGACAAUCUUGAGCUACGAACAAGUGAAGAAGUCAAGACCAAGCGCUUUGAAAUCGAGUUGGACGAAGCGCUUUGUGACAUGCGAAAGGAUACACAGCUUGUGGUUGUGGAUAUCCCCGGCAUCAACGAAGCUGACAUGAGCAAAAAGUACAAAAACUACGUUGAGAGUCACUGGAAUACCUUUGAUUGUGUAGUGGUGGUUAUGGAUGGUCGCCAAGGCGUCAACACGGAAGAGCAAGUCUCCUUGCUCCGCUUCGUAAAGAGCAACUUGGAAUCCAAGAAGGACGUGCCCAUUGUGAUCUUGUGCAACAAGAUUGAUGAUCAAGACGAUGAAGAACAAGAGGAACUAGUCCUGGAGGCGCAGCGUGAGGUGGAGAAGAUCUUUGGAGUACCGGAUCGUCAGAAAAGUCUUCAGGAGGUCCUUCAAGCAACCACCGCGUCUAAGGAGACAACAAACGGCACCAAGAAGCAUAAGUGGAAGAAGAAGAAUACAAAACCUUCCGACCAAGUCUCGCCUGUAUUCAUUCCGAUAUCUGGAGUCACGGCAUUCAUCUUCCAGACUUGCUCCAACAUGCCUCUAGAACGAUUCCGCGAGUUCGAUCAGAAGCUGAUUGCCAAACUUGGACGUGAUCGCAUUGGAAAGUUUCGAUGGAAGAAGUUAUCCAAGGAGGAUAGGAUCAAAGAGGCCCACGAGGCGGUUUCAGAUCCGGAAGGAUAUCAGGCAGGUGUUGCAGAUAGCAACUUUGACAAGUUCUUGAUGGUUCUAUCAUCCCUGGUUGGUGGGAAGACUGCCCAAGAGAAGAUGAUCCAAAAUCAAAUCCAAGUAUCGCUUUCAACGAUUUCAUCUGGUCCUGGUAUUGUGGAAAAACUUGAAACUAUUUACAGCACAGUGUUGGCUUUGUCGUUGGGCGAUUCUGAAGCAAAAAAUGCGCACUUGUCAGAGAUCAAGUCAACCUUUUGGCGACUGUACAAAGGAAUGGAGCAAUCUUGCUUUGCGAAGGAGAAAUCGUCGACAACUUUGAAUUCGUUUGGUCCUCUUGCUGACGAGUUGAAAAAGUAUAGAGACUUUGCAACGGCAGUUGGUUGGAAUUCCGAGGCCGAUUUGUCGGUUGUCUUUCUAAAAAAUGCCGUUCGCCGCUUCUUGAAAAGUAUGAAGAGUACUCCUGGUUUUGUCAAGGAUCUGAAGGUCGUUUACUGUGCUAUCAAAGAAAUGUCCUUGGAGGCAGAAGAUUCGCCUAUAGUUGAAGCCCUAAAGGAAAGCUUUGAUCGACUUUUUCACAAGCUGACAGAAGAAAAGUUCGCUGCGUUUGCUUCCGCCGAUGCGGUCGGCAACCUCUCUGUCUUGGGGGAUGAACUUGUCGUCUACAGCAAGCUUGCAACGGAGGCCGGCUGGACAAACGAGCACUUGAAAGUCGCCGCAAAGUUCAAACAGUUGGUACUCGCGCAGAUUGGCUCCCUAUGCGAGCUAGCUUCCAAUGGACCGUCGCAACAAGUUUUCGGGUACCCCGAUUCCUCCAGACCGACUUCUUUUGCUGCUUUGUCGUGGCUUGACUGGAAGCUUGUUCUACGCUCGAUCUUGUUAGUUCGGUAUUACGAUCGUCAAUUUUGCCUGGAUUUUGGCCGUGAAAUCAUUUUGAUGGAAUGUUUGCUUGAAAGUGAACCAGAAGUUAGGGCCGAAAAGAAUGACGAGCAGUGCACUCGAUGCCAGUCGGUUUUGACUUUCAACAGAAUAUGUACUCGUUGCAGCAGGACUCAGCACAAUACAUCCGUAAAUCUCGAGCGCGAAAAGAAGUACAUGUGCCCUAGCUGUGUAGGCCAGGAGUUGGACUGCAAUCGUCGGUGUGGGAAUUGCCAUGUCUUUUAUCAUCCUCACAGUGAACACGCGACUUUCUCUGUUUGUCCAAUCGAUGGCUAUUCGCUUGAUCUAUAUACUGGAAAAUGCCACAGCUGUUGUAAAGUAUGGAAACAAUUUCCGAAUUUGCCGGUUGUGAAAAUACGACAUGACGGAAAUGGACUCGCGCUAUCAGGGAGCCAGCAUGUUGUUAAUAUCCCCUCGUUACUAUCCGAUCCAAAUCAUUUUGGCCACUUGGCAUGGCGAUACUGUGAAUUAAUGGCAACGGGAGUUGGACAGCACAGUGGACAUCAAUAG